AUGCAAAUACGCGGCAGGUUGGGAGAACAUGACAUACGCGUAGGAAACCACGACGCGAAGCGGAGUGGUUUCCAGCUUAUCGAGUGUUCUCCCAACCUCCCAGGUGUUUACAUUAGGCUAUGUAAACAUGGAAACCAUUUUAAGUUUCUUUUACAAAAUAACUAAUGAAAGAGGAACGAAAACCGUGUUUACAUGGCCUAUCAGAGCGCGCGUACUAUUUGAAUUAUUUUAUAAACGUUGAUGUUAACUUCUCCUACCAAGGUUAGUGCUCUAUUUCAGUCAUGGGAAGUCAAUAUUGUCACGUGCAAGCUCUUAGCAAACUCUGGGGCCCUCGUGAACAUUCUGAGUUAUGAUGUGUCCAAGAUGUUUGAUUGUGGACCAGAACCUUGUGAUACUAAAAUGUAUGCUUUUCACUCAUUUAAACUCAUCUUGGUGCUAGGUAAAUUCAAGGCCACAGUGGAAUCUUAA